AAAAGCUAAGCACUUUGUUCUUCACUUAUGUAUGUUGUAACAGCCUAAAUUGAAAGAAAGACGCUUGCUUGAUUGGUUUCGUCGCGUGAUACAAACGUCUUCACUAAAACUUUUCUCCUCAUUUUCUAUCUUUUCUCUUUCAUACAUUACCCAAAACUCGCCGCUACUUUGUUUUGUUUCUUUCUUUCUCUUCUGCGAUUAUGUUUUGCUUAUUACAGAGCACGUCAUUUUCCAGAUAGCAGCAAUUGUUGUGUACUCUCUUUGUUUGUUUUUGCUUUGUGGGUCGGUUUUAUUUUCAUUUGUAUUUCAAGACAAGUCUAUUAUUUCUAAUGGGUUUGUGUUUUCUUUAAGCUUAAUCGAAGGAAAAAAAAUUGUAAUUCUUUGAGGGGUUUAUACUGUUUCUGGGUUUUGACUGUUAAGAGAAAAUUGCGCCGGAAUUAUUGGUUUUUGCGGUGACCGGAAAAAGAUUGAAAAAAAAAGACUUUUUGUUUUCUUCUUUUUUCCGUAUUAUAAUAAUUAGUUGUCCAAACGUCAAAAAAAUUAUUUUUUCAUCUUGUAUAUAGACCGAGUAAUAUUCUCCUCUUAUUCGUAUUUUCUUAUACAAAUCCCGUCAUUUUCUCCUCUCUCUUUCUCUCUCUCUCCCCCCCCCCCCCCCAUUUCUACUCUCUGUUUUUCAUUCUCUUCUCCUCUGUUUCUUUGGGUGUCUAGAGAGAGAAACAGUUUCUAAUCUCUUUCUCUCUCUUUUUCUCUGUGUUUGUGUUGUUUUUUUCUUGAAUAAUCAUGUCAUUGGAAAAGGGGUCAUUGCAAUCAAACCUUGAUUGUUUCUUGGAAUGCACAACACCAUUAGUCCCUUCCCAGUUUCUACCCCAGAGUGAGAUUAGAAAUCUAAAUAGGCUAUGGCAUCCAUGGGAAAGAGAAAAGGUUGAAUACUUUACUUUGGGUGAUCUUUGGAAUUGUUAUGAUGAAUGGAGUGCUUAUGGUGCUGGAGUUCCUAUUAAAACAGAUUCUACCGAAACAUUAGUACAAUAUUAUGUGCCUUAUCUUUCUGCUAUGCAAAUCUUUAUCAGCAGAUCAUCUGUUAAUUUUCUGAGGGAAGAGACGGAGUCGAGGGAUUCGUCGUUCAGCGAUUCGUUUAGUGAUGAGAGUGAAAGUGAAAAGCUGUCAAGAUGGGAUGGUUGUUCGUCUGAGGAAGGUGAUAGCCUUUGGCACAUGAAUGAUAGAUGGGGUUCUCUUUAUUUUCAGUAUUUUGAGAGAUCAACUCCAUAUGGAAGAGUCCCUUUGAUGGACAAGAUUAGUGGUUUCGCUGAAAGAUACCCUGGAUUAAUGUCAUUGAGAAGUGUAGACCUUUCACCAGCUAGUUGGAUGUCAGUUGCUUGGUAUCCGAUAUAUCACAUUCCUAUGGGAAGAACCAUUAAAGACUUGUCAGCAUGCUUUCUCACAUUCCACACCCUUUCUUCUUCUUUUCAAGAUAUGGAUCUUGAUGAUGACAUGGAGAAUGGUAAACAAAAAAGAAAGGAAGGAGAAAGCAUCCCCCUUCCGUCUUUUGGCUUGGGCACUUACAAAAUGCAAGGCGAUGUGUGGCUUUCAGACAAGAGUGGAAGGGACCAAGAGCGGCUGUCAUCACUUUGUAGUGUGGCUGAUUCUUGGCUAAAGCAGUUGGGUGUCCAGCAUCACGACUUUAACUAUUUCAUGGGUAUUCGUCGUGGCUGACCAAUCUGAAAUGGUGAAUUUGCACUUUAAAACCCCACCAAAAUGGGGCUGAGUACUGGAGUUCCUUUUAUUAACAUAGGCUCUCUGAGGUGUUUCUGGUUUGAUGCUUUCGGUAGCACGAACAUCCUUAAAACUCCUCCUAUAUAAAGGCAUUAGUGUUUUAUGGGUUCUCCGAAUCCUUAGCUUGAGAUUUCCUAUGACUUGUUUUUGUAUAGGGAGAGGACUAAUUGUGUAGGACAUCAUCUUUACAUGACUCUUAUAAUCACCCCCAGCCCUUUGUUAGCAUUUCUUUGCUCCAUCUUUUGUAUAAAUUCUGAAGUGCCUUUUUGGUGUUUCAUUUGUGCUUUUUCCUUGUAAUAUGUUCAUGUAAAUAGUUGAUCUUUGAAUAGUAAAAAUUUCUUGUACAAGUGGAAAAAUGCUUGUUCAGCAGCAAAGCUAAAUGGCAAAAAAAAAAGAGUUCUUUGUGUU